UGCAGGCAGUUAAAACUGGUUUUAUAUUUACCUUUGAACUUAGUAUAGCUUCAAGGUUCUGGGGCUUUGUUUAUUAAAAUCAGUAAACUGGUUCAAAAGACCAGCACAAUUUUGAGGAAAUUUCAUUAUGGCAGAAUUGUAUGCGCGCUUCUGUACGUAAAGGUGCUGGUGGUCUUUUCAGACAAGACCAACUGAAAAUUUGAUUUGAGCUCUACUGAUGAAAUAUUCCACCAUGAUGGUUGUUUUUGUGCUUCUAUUCGGUAUCUUGCCCGCCCUGGUAUCCUCCGAGUACUUCCCCUUCAUGAAUGAUUCGCUGCCAUGGGAUGAGCGACUGGAUGACCUCAUGUCCCGCUUGACCCUGGAUGACAUGACCUUACAGAUGGCGCGGGGUGGGUCAGGUCCAAACGGGCCGGCCCCGCCAAUUCCACGGCUGGGCAUCGGGCCAUAUGACUGGGACACGGAGUGUUUGCGAGGUGAUGUUAAAGCUGGGAAUGCCACAUCCUACCCACAGGCUCUGGGUCUGGCUGCAUCAUUCAGUACGCAAUUGCUUCACGAUGUCGCCCAGGCAACGGGACAGGAGGUUCGAGCCAAGCACAACAACUUGACACAGCAUGGUAUCUACAAAUCCCAUGGUGGCCUGAGCUGUUUUAGUCCUCUCAUCAACAUCAUGAUACAUCCAUUGUGGGGCCGCAACCAGGAAACGUACGGUGAGGAUCCGUUUCUCAGCGGGGAGUUGGCCAGAGCUUUUGUGACCGGUUUACAAGGAAACAACUCCCGUUACGUCCUGGCCAACGCUGGCUGCAAAACCUUUGCUGCCUACGCAGGACCUGAAAACAACCCAGUGUCUAGAUAUUUAUUCAAUGCAGUGAUAUCAGACCGUGACCUCUUCAUGACCUUUCUACCCCAGUUCCAUGAGUGCGUCAAGGCUGGUAGCUACAGCAUAAUGUGUAGUUACAACAGCAUCAAUGGAGUACCUGCCUGCGCCAACACACGAUUUCUCCGCGACAUCCUCCGCAAACAGUUUGGCUUCAAAGGCUACGUGGUCAGCGAUGAGCUCGCUCUAGAAUUUAUUCGCUUCGCACACCAUUACACCAACUCCACCCUGGAGACGGCCGUGGUGGCCGUGAAAGCAGGUGUCAACCUCGAACUCUCCCACUUAAAACAGGUCGUGUACCUUUACAUUACCGAGGCCGUGGAAAAGGACCUGAUUAGUUUGGGCGACGUCUUUGCAUUGGUGCGUCCGUUGUUCUACACCCGGAUGAGGCUUGGGGAGUUUGACCCACCAGCCAGGAACCCUUACACCAAGCUGCGUGCCGAGGAUGUAGUGGAAAGCAUUGCACACCAGAAUCUUGCCAUAGAGGCUGCUGUCCAGAGCUUUGUCUUGCUGAAGAACAAUGGCGUACUGCCAUUGAAAAGUAUUGGGAAGCUUGCGGUUGUUGGUCCCUUUGGAAACGAUUCCAGCCAGUUGUUCGGAGACUACGCUCCUGAUUCCCUGCCUAAAUAUAUUACCACACCUCUCCAAGGUUUGGAAAGUAUCGCUGACAUGACAAGCUUUGCGGCCGGUUGUGACAACCCCGAGUGUGCAGGAUAUAACCAGUCCAGUGUCGUGAAUGCCGUUAGUGGUGCUGAUUUUGUUGUGGUCUGUUUGGGUUCAGGUACGUCCAUUGAGAGCGAAGCUAGAGACAGGAUGAAUCUUACCCUGCCAGGCCACCAACUGCAACUUCUUCAGGAUGCUGUGAAAAAUGUUAGUGGCAAGCCAGUUGUCUUGCUGCUCUUCACUGCCGGACCGUUUGACAUUUCUUGGGCUGUCAACAACCCCGACGUCUCUGUAAUCGUACAGUGUUUCCUGCCAGCCCAAGCUACUGGUGUGGCCAUCAGGCACAUGUUUACCAACUACCAGGGCACCAACCCAGCUGGAAGGCUUCCUUACACAUGGCCAGCAUCCAUGGACCAGGUAUCCCCAAUGACAAAUUACUCCAUGGUGAACCGCACCUAUCGUUACUUCAGUGGAACACCAUUCUACCAGUUUGGUUACGGACUCUCCUACACUAAGUUUCAGUACAGUCAGUUGGUUGUGAAACCAGACCACAUCAUGCCGUGUGAUGACGUUUUUGUGAAUGUGACUUUGAAAAACGUGGGCGCAUACUCAGGGGAUGAGGUGGUGCAAGUUUACAUCAAAUGGAGCAAUGCCACUGUCCCUGUUCCUAAGAUCCAGUUGGCAGCUUUCGAGCGCAUCAACACUGCCUCCCUCCAGACUGUCUCAGUCAUCCUAUCUAUUCCGGCCCGCGUGAGAGCAGCCUAUACUGACCGUUUGGUCCUUCAACCGGGAGAUUUCACCGUCUUUGCCGGUGGUCAGCAGCCUGGCCCAAGCAUUGGUGGACGGCUGAACUCCAAUGUGAUGACCGGGAGCUUCCAAGUGGACGGGUCACAGACAGACCUCGCAAGAUGCCUCAAAGUAGAUCCAGAUGAAACUAAACAGGACAUCAACUGCGUAUAGCUAAAACAUUAAUUGGUCUAUCCCAAAAAAUAAAUAAAUAAAAUCUCGGCAUCAUACAUGUGCAUGCUAUUCUUUUUGCCGCCAAUUUCCAGCUAAUAAUAGUUAGAGCCCUUUUAAAUUAGGCCCCUACUGUUUGGAGCUUUUCCUUAAAGAUGUAUGCAUACAUAAACAUUCUCCAUAAGUAGGAAAUUCUGGCUUCUGAUCAUGACUUGUCUCCACCAAAUAUGGUAUAAUUAUGCCACUUUCAGUGUUCCAAUUGUCAGAAUUUGAAAGAAAGAAAUAUUGCUGUAGCCAUAAAUUUGUAAUUGCAUCAAAAUGUUGCGCUUAAAAUAAAUUGUCUUCAAACUGCGGUACUGAGAUGCAAUUAAGAUUUACAAAGUGUUACUGAAAUACAUUGUGCUUAACAAAAUGAGAAUUAGUGUUGCUUAUUACUUAGAAUAGUUAGUUUCCUUCUUGCGUUAUUUCCAUAGGAUAAACCGAUUCCUUCCACUGCCGAAUCCAACCUUUUAAAAGUAAUUAAAGCUCAAGGGUAUUGUAUCAUGGGUUCAUAAGUUUUUUUUUAAAUUUGAUUUGUAAUUUGAUGUCUAUUGUAUUGUCUUUGUAAACAGAUCGAUUGAAAAUGACCCGAAUGUUUGGGCCGCUGUAUAUUUUCAAUGGACCGCUUGACAUUACGCGUGCAUUGUCAUUUUCGGGUGCAAAGGUCUAUUGUGAACACUACAAAGUUAUUCUGCCUGUAUUUAGAGUACCCGUAGGCUGCCGUCAGUUGUGUUUGUUCAAUUUCACCGUUGCUAGUUAGCGUGGUGAUGACACCUACCUGAGCGUGACUAUCCGAAAGUAUAUACACGGCACACCUAGCUAGGUACUAAUAUUGUUUGUACCCUGUACGUACACUCCUUUGGCGGAUAAUAAAAUGACCUUUGCAUUUUCCGGUUGCAUGUUGUAAAAAGUCAUAUGCCUUAUUGGUUCAAAGAUACGUACAGGCGGUUAAAACUGGUUUUAAAUUUACUUUUGAACUGAAAAUAUCGCUCUGAGGUGUUGUUUCUU